AUGGCCUUCAACACCUUGAUAUCUCAACAGAAUGAUGGCGAGCCUCGUGUUAUACGUGAUCAACCCAUGACUGAUGGUGUUUUCUACGGAACCAUCAAAUCUAUCUCAUUCAUCAUGGGUCUCUUAAAUGUCUUCUUUUAUCAUCAAUUUCGAUAUGGCACGGGGAAAUUGCUAGACAAAACUGAUAAAUGCCGCCCGCGGUUUCUGGACGACAUAGAAAGGGCUUUUGUGAAGGGUGAACCAAAGUUUCAAGAGGCCAUCAGUGAGCUAGAACUCUUGCAGGAUAACUAUGAGCGGAAUCAAGUCACCGAGCUUGUUCGGCGCAAGUUUGGACCAAAACAAGCAGUUAUCGAUAUUAAUGGGCAGCUCGACGACACAAUCUUACAGGAAGAUGAUGCGGCUAAAGAAGACCUGCCACACGAUGACAUGCCUCUUCAGCAGGUCAGACCUAUGAAAGGGCUGACGACUGUUCCGACCGUAUGGACACUUGAAGGAGAAUGGCCGCGUCGCAAUGAAGGCGGCCCUCUUCGAGGCCGACAGAAGCGAAAGCGAAAUGCAAGUAAUGACGAUACGCAUAAGAAAGCAGUUAAAAGGUUUAACAACAUGGGGAAUGACAAGCUGUUUAUUGCGAAGAAAAAACAUGAGCAAGAUCAGAAGCACAUCAAGACCGCUAAGAAACCCUUAAUUUGCUUUUAA